UGGGGCAGGCGCGGCGCGGAGCUCCGGUGUUGAGGGGACAGAUUGAUUUGGGGGUCGGUUUCUUCAGCAGAAGGCCCCAGUUUGAAAGCUUAACAUCUCUUUGGAGGGGGACCCCAUUCACCUCCCAUUCCAUCUCUGGUCUUGACUGUCCCACUCUUCUCUCGCCUUAGAAGGGUCUCGAGGGGAAGAUGGAGGGAUCUGAAGGCCAAAGCCUUGAGUCAGCCCCCAGGCCCUCUGAGGCCAGACCCUCUGAUCCGAUUUCAGUCUACUCCUCUCCCCCCUUUCAAACACUGCUGACUCCUUCCAGAGUCUCCUGUGAGUCCCGACUCCCUCGGAGCGCAGCCCCUGCAGCCCCUGCUGCUAGUCCUCUCCUCAGAGGUUGCGUGGGGAGGAGUUAGGGGCCUCAUGUUUUGGUGUUGAUACACUGGUGUCUGUUGGUCAAUGGUUGGUGUGUUUUACCCUUAGUAGGACCCUGAGUUCCCACCGUGGCUCUCUUUCCUGGCCUUUCCCUGGGUGCCUAUGUCUGUCCUCUUGGGCGUUUUGACUUUCCACUCCUGCUCCCGUGGUACCCCCCUGGCCAGGACACCCAAAGAGUGCAUCAGCCCAGGAGUGAUGCAGAUGAGUCCACCCCCGGCUAGCUCAGGGCAGAAUGAAAGGCUGGUAGGCCUCAGACAGGAUAAGGAGCCCUGCACAGUGUCUGGGUGAGCAGGGUCAUCACUGGGAGGUCAGCUGUACUCCAGAUGAGCCUCUGAAUCCAGGCCAUGCCUUUAUUCUCUCCUUUCUGGGUGAGGGGGCUUCUGGGCUGGGAGGUGGCUACAAACCAGGGACAAAUUGCAGCUCCCACCCUGACUGGAGGAGUAGAGGUAGGCCAAGGGCAGGGAGGAGGAGAUGAUGUCAGAGUAGCCCCAGGCUGGCAUCCUCCUCCCCCGUCCUGUUCCUGCCCUGUGCCUCCCCCAGUCCUCCCAGGCUGGUAGGGGGGUGGGUAGGGGCAGGGUUGUUUGUGUUUCUUCUAAGCCAGGAAGUUGUGCAGAUGAGUCAAAGUUGAAUGGAGAGCCCUAGGCAGUGCUGUCCCGCCUCACCCUGACUCACCUGUCCCCCAAAUCCCCUCAUGCCCUCACGUAAGGGUCAGGGGCCUGCCCAUCCUAGGGUAUCAGUCCCAGAUGCCCCCAGCAGCCUAAUAGCACUGGCCCAGUGUCUGGAGAGCAGGCAGGGGCUGAAACUGGCAAGCUGAUUCAGGUCCUCCUAGGUCUCAGCCCAGCCAAAGGGGUCUUGCUUCCUGUGGGGGAGGGGCUCAUGCUGCCUCUGUCCCCAGCGGGCAUCUUUGCCUCAUCACCUAUCUUUACUCAUCCUGGGUGCCCACGCAGCUCCUCUGAGUGAUAAGACAUGAGGAAGACCCUGGCCCCGCCUGGGGAGUGCCUGGUGUCUUCAGACCAGUGGGUAGACAAGACAGGUUCACAGUAAUUGGCUCAGAAGCCCCAGCACUGUGCUGAGAGGGAGCCCUUCAAUCUAAAUGUGGAAAAUGAAGGAAGGCUUCCCAGAGGAGAUAGCUCUGGUAUUGAGGCUUCAAAAAAGUUGAGCAGGAGGAGGGGCCUGGGGAGGGUACACCGGGUUUGGGGGCUGCCUGUGCCACUGCAGCUGAGCCCACCUCUUACCUUCCUGGUUUGAACCACUCCCCACCUCCGUCUCCCCUUCAUUGUAUCCAUCCAAGCACUCCAGCAGGCGUUGCCACAACAGGCUCUGGCAACCAGGUCUGGCAACAAAGUGCUGGGAAAACCCAGGGCAGAACCAGAGUAGUGAGUGCUCUGCGCUCCGAGACGAGGGUGGCUCUCUGCCGUGACACUGAGGGCCUGAACCCCAAGACGGUCUGUGGAUCCUGGAGUCUGUUGCUGCCCAGCUUGCUGGGGGACCCUCUUAGCUCUUCUCCUGGGCGACUUGGGGCUAAAGGAAGAGCACUGGACUUGGAGGCCAAACACCGGGUUUCACUCCCUGGCUCACUUGUGCUGGGGGCAAGAAUGCUUCCUUCUCAGGAACUCAGGAUGUUAUGGAGCUGGGUCUGUCUCCACCUCAUCUCAGCAGCUCCCCAGAAGACCUGUACCUGGCCCCUGGGACCCCUCCUGGGACUCCCCCGCUUCCCGAUGCCCCUCUGUCUCGGGAGGUGAAGAGGUCCCAGCCUCUGCCCAUUCCAUCCAGCAGCCAUAGGAAACUUCUUCGAGAGGAGGAGCUGCAGGCAACCUCUCUACCCUCCAUUCCCAACCCCUUCCCUGAGCUCUGCAGUCCUCCUUCACAGACUCCCAUUCUUGGGGGGCCCUCCAGUACAAGGGGGUUGCUCCCUCGAGAUGCUACCUGCCUCCAUGUAGUAAAGGUGUACAGCGAAGAUGGGGCCUGCCGGUCAGUGGAGGUGGCGGCAGGUGCCACGGCUCGCUACGUGUGUGAAAUGCUGGUGCAGCGAGCUCAUGCCCUGAGUGAUGAGAACUGGGGGCUGGUGGAGUGCCACCCGCAGCUAGCACUAGAGCGGGGCUUGGAGGACCAUGAGUCCGUGGUAGAAGUGCAGGCUGCCUGGCCCAUUGGUGGAGACAGCCGCUUCGUCUUCCGGAAGAACUUCGCCAAGUAUGAACUGUUCAAGAGCACCUCACACUCCUUGUUCCCAGAAAAAAUGGUCUCCAGCUGUUUGGAUGCGCACACGGGCCUAUCCCAUGAAGACCUCAUCCAGGCUGCUUACCCUCUCCCUGCUGUCCUCUGGCCUCAGAACUUCCUGAAUGCAGGCAGCUUCCCGGAGAUCCAGGGCUUCCUGCAACUGCGGGGGUCAGGACACAAGCUCUGGAAACGAUUCUUCUGCUUCUUGCGCCGGUCUGGCCUCUAUUACUCCACCAAGGGCACCUCCAAGGACCCAAGGCACCUGCAGUACAUAGCAGAUGUGAAUGAGUCCAGUGCGUAUGUGGUGACCCAGGGCCGCAAGCUCUACGGGAUGCCCACAGACUUCGGCUUCUGUAUCAAGCUGAACAAGCUUCGGAACGGCCACAAGGCACUUCGUGUCUUCUGCAGUGAGGAUGAGCAGAGCCGCACCUGCUGGCUAGCUGCUUUCCGCCUCUUCAAGUAUGGGGUGCAGUUGUAUAGGAAUUAUCAGCUGGCACAGUCUCGCCACCUGCACCCGUCCGGUGUGGGCUCUCCGCCCUUGAGGAGUGUCUUGGAUAACACCCUGGUAGCCAUGGACUUCUCUGGCCGUGCUGGUCGUGUCAUUGAGAACCCCCGGGAAGCGCUGAGUGCAGCCCUUGAGGAAGCCCAGGCCUGGAGGAAGAAGACAAACCACCGACUCAGCCUGCCCACCCCAGCCUCAGGCACGAGCCUCAGUGCAGCCAUCCACCGCACUCAACCCUGGUUCCAUGGACGCAUUUCCCGAGAGGAGAGCCAACGGCUCAUCGGGCAGCAGGGCCUGGUAGACGGGCUGUUCCUUGUCCGAGAGAGUCAGCGGAACCCACAGGGCUUUGUCCUCUCUUUGUGCCACCUGCAGAAAGUUAAACAUUAUCUUAUCCUGCCGGUGAGUAGUCCUCUUCCUCCCCAAGGGUCCCAGAUUCUUGAAGUGGAGACACAGACUCAUCAGGCCCCCUCAAGAAGCCCCCCUGACCUCCACUGUAUCUGGGUUCCCUGCUCUCUCCUUUCUGCCCACAUGAGCAAUGGAGACCUCAGCGCUGGCCCAGGAGGGAGCUCAAGCCUCAUGCCCCUCGCUAACCUUCUACCCCUUAUGGCUGCACCCCAGAGUGAGGAGGAGGGCCGCCUUUACUUCAGCAUGGACGAUGGCCACACUCGCUUCACUGACCUGCUGCAGCUUGUGGAGUUCCACCAGCUGAACCGUGGCAUCCUGCCGUGCUUGCUGCGCCAUUGCUGCACCCGUGUUGCCCUCUGACUGCACAGAAGCAGGCACUUGUCUCAGCCUGCUCCAGGCUGCCCAUCGUCCCCUCUGUUCAUGGAGUGGACUUGGAGGGUGUGGAAGGCACAGGGUUAUGGAUAAUUGGAGGGCUCCUCCACUCUAGAGAAUUUUCUCUUCUCCUUUGCCUCAGGCGGAAAGUGCCCGCUAUCUAGUCCACCCUUCUCUUCAAGGGAAGGCCCCUGUGUGGCCCUCUCCCUUCAUGGAGCUCUUGGGCACUGCUUUGGGGUAGGGCAUUAUGGGAGAAAUGGGGGCAGCCCAGGUGGUCUUGUGUCCCACAUUUUGUACAGACUGAGAGGCCAGUUAAUCUGCUCUGUUUUAUACUAGUGGCAAUAAAGAUUAUUUUUUGAUACA